CUCAAAAAAUUGCAUAAAACUCCGACGGCGAACUUUUUUGGGUCCAAGCCAAAGAGCUGCUCAAUCUAAAAUAAAAUUUAAUAACGAUCCUGCGGGUCCUCUACGGAUUUUAUAUACACUCACAACCAAAAUGACAGCUGAAGGCAAGAGACCCAAUUCAGCGACUGUCCUGCAGCACAUCGAAGCUGGACUCAAUGUGCUCAACCAGCUGUGCAUUGGAUUCGUCACGAUUUGGAUCUGCUGGAACUGUUUGCGCACUGGUCUGGCUGGGAUUCGGCUGCACGUCUGGCUGGCGUCGUUCGGCUAUGUGUUCCUGAUGGCCGAGGCCAUGAUGUGCUUCUACGACGGCAACUGGCUGACCCUGCGCUACACGCGAAAGCACAAGACGGCGGUCCAUGUGGUGCUCCAGAUACUCGGCGGCGGCAUGGGGGUGGCCGGCUGCCUGGUGCAGCUGAUCCGCGACGACUGGAACUUUGGACCCACCAUCCAUUCCCGGCUGGGCUUUGCUGCCUUUGUGCUGAGCCUGAUCUCGCUGCUGAGCGGCAUAAUCGCUGUGCUGGCCCGCAGCCUGUCGAGGAUUGUGUCUCCGCUGGCCAACAAGACGUUCCACGUCCUGCUCAGCCUGGCCACGUUUGUGAUUGCCAUGCUGGCACAGUUCUACGGCUAUACGCAGACGGGCAUCUUCAAGGGUCAAGGAAACGAUUUCGUGAUCCUCAUGCAAGUCGUGACCCUCGUCGCAAUGGUCUUAACCUGCAUCGCCCCGCUCAAGUCUCUGUAUCAGAAAUGUGUUAGCUUUGCCAGCUAAGGCGCAUUGUAUAUAGUUUUAGUUGGUACUAAGUAUUUAUUAUAAGUUUAGGCUAUGAAUAAUGUUUAAGCUAAUGUAACUUACGUAAUAACAAGGUGGCCUUUGGCUGAUCCGUAGAUCCCUCGUUACACAUUAAUAAAUUGUUAGAUGACAUUUAUAAAUUAUACAUUAAUAAUUUACCUUAAAAGCAGCUCCAAGCUGUCA